AAUUAACUUACCAACGUUUGUAAACUUCCGGUAAUGGAAAUGUAUUGAAUUUUGCUUCUAAAUAUCAAAAAUGUAUGCAUACACGUCUACCGGAGACGAUAGUGAGGCAUACCAGCGUGCAGUAAGAGAAAGAGCCAAUGCGAGUUUGCAUGAACUAGAUGAUGUGUUAACACACAGUCCAAAUGCCACAUUAAACACAAGUACACGUGCCAAGGAACAGCUGUCAGCAGCGGUCAAUCCUAGAAAUCUCCGCUGGUAUGAGUCCGAGGCCAGGCCACAGAAAUACAAAGAUGCUGCUAGUCAUCUUCAAAAUAUCCUCAAAGAUGAAACUCAGACAACGUUUCAGUCACCUCCAAGGUACUCUCAGCCUCCAAAUGUACCUCGAGGACCUUUACCCUCGCCCGAGGAAACUGCCUCACUACUGCAACAACAGACAGCAUACGUUAACCAGAUUGAAGCUGAAAACAGAUAUAUGAAGGAUGAGUUUGCAACAGUUAGGAUAAAAAUCAGAGAUAUUUUAGAGGAAAAUCAACGCUUACAUGAAGAACUCAAGAAAAGUGCCAUUGAAGAAAUCAAUAUGGAUGCUGAAUUUCAGAAGAUUACAACAGAUAUAGAUAGAUCCAUGGAGGCAGAUACUAGCUUACCUCGAGGAAAUGUACGGCACUGGCAGUUAGAAUUGGAGAAACUAGGUGCUCUGCAUGCUGCCAAAACUGAAAGAUUGGAGGCCCAGCUUGCUCAUUCUAGGGAGGAGAUACAGAGGUAUGAACAGAUUGUGGAAGAUCUGAGAGGCCAGGUGAGAAUGCAUGAUGCCGUACCAACACAUGAGGAUGGUCUGUCAGAUAUGUAUUUAUCCGAGGCCCAGAGAGGGUUUCAGAAUUCUACCAUUGACAGACUUACAAGAGAGCGUAAUGAUCUGUUAGAAGUUGUAGCAAACUUAAAGCACAGACUGACGGAGAUGUCCCAGCGGGAAGAGGAGGCCUACCAGCAGAUGAAGAAAGGGAUAGAACUAGUGGAACAGGCUCAACUUGAACAAACUCAGGCAUUAAUACAGCGGGAACAAUUAGCGGAAGAAUUAAACAAUAUGAAGGGUAGAUUUGAUGCCCACAUACAGAACACACAACAAGUUGUCAAUGAAGAGAAGGAAAGUGCUAGGAAGGAAUGCAAGGUUGUUAUUGAUGAACAAAAUACAAAGAUAAAAGAACUGACAGAACAGACCACAUCAGCGCAGAAUGAGAUGGAGAAAGCAUUAAGAGAUAAAGUGGAUUUAAUAAACCAGUUAGAGGCAGCUAAACUACAGAUCAAGAGAUACGACCAGGAGGUCUCAAUGGCAACAGAGAAUUUUAAUGCAGAAAGUACCAAUGCCAAGAUACAGAAAAGUCAUGCUGUAAAUGAAGCUAGCAGACUUAGAUCAGAACUGGAUAACUUGAGGAGGGAAAGAGAUGGGGAAAGGAGCAGACUGUUGUCUGAGUUGGAUGAUUUCCGACGUAGACUAAACAAGGCAGAAAGGGAGUUAGUUAACAGUAAGGAGGAGUGUAUACACCUCACUGCCAACUCACAGGCACUAGAGAGAGAGUUACACCUUGCCAAGUUAGCUCGAGACAGUGUAGAGAGAGGAAGAUCUGAGGACCUGAAAGCUGUAACAAAAAGAGCUCAAGCUCGGGAAGAAGAGCUCAGUGGCUUCAUAACGGACAUGGAAGAUCAACAUUCUCAAACAACAUCUGAGAUGGACACAAUGUUGGCAAAACAGAACAAACUGAUCAAGAAGCUGAAAACAGAAUGCCGUAAACAGGCAGGGCAGCUUGAAGAAAUUCUCAAGAAAAACAGGGCUGAAAGUGGAAAAUUAAAGCGUCAGAAUGACGAGUUGAAGAACCGUGUGCAUAGAUCAACAGCAAGAUUGAAGGACCUCGAGGACCAGGUGGAACAACAUUCCCGUGUACAGGAGAGGAUGACAGAGAGGUUGAAAAUGAUGGAUGACCAUUCACAACAUCAGGGCACUCAGGUAAUGGAGUUACUGACUCGACAACAAAGCUUGAUGAGAGAUCGACAAGUGCUUGCACGAGAGCUCGAGUUCUUACGCAGAAAUAUUUCACGCAACAACCAGGAGGAAAUUUCAAACUUUGUGUCAUCAAAUAAACUUCUUGUUGACGAAGUCUUGGACAAUGUAAGGACUGAUGAAUUUGAAAAGAAAGAAAAUUAUGUGACAAAAACUAUGGAGAAAAUUGACAUUAAUGACCUGUGAUAUUUUUUCCAUGAAUGAUAGUGUCCGGUCAGUGAUAAGUCAGGGAAAAUGUUAGUGACAUGUUUAAUUUACUCUAAGUUUUAUACCAGAUGUUUCCAUAGUAUACAUAUACAGUUGAACCUGAUUUAGUGAUCACCUCUAUUAAGCAGCCACUUGCCUUAAGUAGCCAGUCAGCUAACUUUCCAAAUUGAAUUUUUGUUCUAAGCAGCUGGAUUGUGUUGCUUAGCUUGCUGUUUAACAUAGGUUCGACUGUAGUUAAUCAGUUUAGUCACUGUAGACAUGAAUAGUAUUUAAUGCGCAGUAGAGACUAGGUUUCUAGGUCGGUGUAAUCAUUGGGUCUCAAUUAGCUGUGAUAAGAUUUGUGUGUUUAUUUAUAUACUUUACUACCUUAUUUAAUGUAAUUAAUUUCUACUUUUAAUACGUAGUAAAUAUAAAAUACC